AGUUCAGACCUCCAGGGCACUAUGCUUCACGGAGCUGGAGGCCCUAUCAGGUGCAUGAUGAUCAUGCUACCUGCUGGGAUCUCUCCAGAUCUUCUUUAUCUGGGUUCCUGCAAGGAUGCUGCCUGGAGCCUGCCAGGACCUGCUGUAGAAGCCGCAGGAGCCGAUUCAUCCUCUCAAUAGAAGAGAAUGGCAUGCUCGACACGUGGACAAGCAGAGCACGGAUUGGUGGAGAGGACUAUAAAGGAGAAGAGAGACGGCACAGUGGUGUGGGUUGGUUGGAGAGUGCGUUGGAGAGUUCACGGGGAAGUUCGUUGCUUCGUUCUUUCUCAUUUCUCUCUACUUAUUCUUGCUUUGGGAGUUCACUGUUUGCUUAUUCUUACUUUACUAUAGAAAAGACUUGUAAAAAAAAUUGGGAACAACAAGUGUCCGGUCCGGUGCCGUGACUCGGAUCUGGACGGGGGGAAGAAGCUGGAAAAUACCAGAGAGAGAGAAUAGGGAGAGCGUAGGAAAAAAGCCGGACGAAAAGUGCCGGUGAGAAGCUAGUAAGAACCCAGGCAAAAAGCCGCGGGGGUAGAAAAAUAGAAGCUAGGAAAGAGGCAUUUACUGGGGAUGCCCGGGAGACUCAGUCUUCCACUACGCCCGCCGCUCCAACAUGUCGCGGACGGUACAGACAAUGGAGUUCUUUGGCUACUCCUUGCCCACUGGCUACGUCUUCUUCCUCAUGCUGGGCACCAUCCUCUAUUUCUCCCUAAAGAUCAUCCGUUAUGGGCUGAAUGUGGUUCCUCUCUCUCUCCCUACUCCCCACCUCCUUGCAACUUUUCUUCUAAGCGAGGGAAACGAGGGGGGAGGAAAUUUCACGCAUUCGUAAGAGCAGUCGUAGAGACGUCCCCUUGGUUUCUACAGCAGUGGAGACAGGUGGGAUGGCAAUUGCGUGCAGCUGGGGAAUCCAUAGAAGUGCUAAAGCUGUGGCCACUCGUUGAUCAGGCGCUUCAGGAUCCCACGGAAGGGAUCGAAUUAUUGCUUAAUGAGGGGAGUGAGUUGCAGGAAGAAUUACGGCAGGGCAGCCAGGCGAGCAGCUAUUGUAACGAACAGGUGAGAAGAAAAUCAAAGAAGGAUUUAGAGAGCCAGGAAGCUUACGGCGGGGAGGAGGAAGCUGAAGAGGGAACCUCGUCCCUGAGAGAAAUGCCAAGAAUAUAUCCUGGCCCUACAAGGCUGGCAAAUUUAACCAUAAAGGAUGAAUCACCACCCCGGUAUCACCCAUUAGUACUGCCAAAGUUUCCUCCUGUAAAGAAAAGCCCUUUUUUUCCACAUGAGAUUGAAGAAGAGUGGGAGGAGGAAGAAGGAGUGAUGGAGGGAGUAGGAAUGCAGGAAGAGAUAGAAAGGCCAAGAACCGAAAGCAAGCAAAGGGGAGCUGUUUAUAGAAAACCUGCUUGGGAGCAAUACCAGGAACCAGGCCAGGUGUUCCCUGUAAUUCAAGAUCAGCAAGGAAAUAGGGGUUGGACGCCUCUUGAUCACAAAUUAAAGAAUUGCAACAAUCAGUACAACUGUAUGGUCCCCAUGCAAGUUUUACACAGGCAAUCCUUGAUAACAUAGGACAGCAAGGCCUAAUACCCGAGGAUUGGAGGAACUUAGUAAAGGCGGUGUUAGGCGGGGGUGACUUCCUCCUAUGGUUAGCUGCUUAUAGAGAAUUUGCUCGAGAAUAUUCAAAGCAGAACUAUAGAGCAGGGAAUCAAACAUGGGAUGAGGAAAUGUUAAAUGGAGAAGGGCGAUUUGCCAAUCCCGAUGAUCAGGUCCGACUACCAACAGCUGUCCUCUUACAAGUAAGAGAGAUAGCAAGAAGAGCCUUGAAGGUGGUGCCCAGAAAAGGUGAGAUAAGACACAGCUUGACUAAGAUAGUGCAGGGCUCUACUGAACCUUACGCUGAUUUUGUGA